AUGCUAACGGUCAAAGCUGUCGAUGAUAGCAUCACAGAACCCGAGGUCCAAGAGAUCCAGUUUGAGCCUGAGGGCACCCUCUGUGAUGUCCGCACCCUCUACCAGAAAAGUUCCGAUGGUUGGGGCCAACCGGUAUGGACCAAAGAAAUGCCCAUUGACUUGCCCGCACCCGUCUUGGAUGCAGAGUCAGCACAAGACGCACUCCUCACGAAGAAGCGAGCGUCUCAAGGAGUUCUUGAAGAGGCACUGAAGGGUUAUCCUAGUGUCGCCCUGACCUUGGACCGCCCCGAAUUCUGCUCGCCUUUCCGGGCUUUCGUUCAUCGAUGGGAAGAAAUCACCAAACUGCGGGACGAAGUCAGGAUCCAACAACCAAGGCACAUGUGGAUAUGUUCUACCGCAUCAUGGACGAGGAGCUCAGGGAUGUCAUCGACAGCAAGAAUGAGCUGGUUGCCAAAGGGGGUCAUCACUUUUGAGUUGGUUUGGACAAUCAUCAAACCGGACGAUGUGGUCCUUUCUUCGGCCAAGGAAGGGCUCCGUGCUUAUUCGUCCACACGCGGAUCGUCGGACGGUGAAGGAUCGCCAAUUGAUUAUUUCCAAGCCGAAUACAUUCCACCCCGUGAAGGAGGCGGUCCAGGAGAUGUUGACUGCACGGGGCAAGAAGUGGAAGCCCUCAAGGGGUACCAUUUCAGAUCAUAUGAUUCUUCAACCAGCACGAACUCCAACGGUCAUGUCAAGAAUCGCGUCAUCAUUGACGCCCAGGCAUACAACAAGUUUGCGCACCACAAGACAAUCAACUUUGAUAAGGAGAUUGGUGAAGAACUGGAUGAUGCACAGCGCCUCAUUGCAACCCCAAUGCUCAACGGAUAUGCCCUGAAUGACAAAAAUGGCGCCUUUGAGUCACUGGUCCUACUGCGGGAGCAGCGGGGGUUCAAGGACGUCAUCUUGGCCGUCGUAAAGGCCCAGUCCCAGAAAAAGGAUACAUUUGAUGACGUCAUUCGGGGCAAAGGCCAGGGGUUCAUUGUCCAAGCUCAGCGGGUAUUCUCUUCUUCGACCACCAACCGUACGCAGAAUAUCGAUCCUGCCUUCGAUUCUCGCGUCCACCUUUCCAUCGCCUACAAGGAUCUCGAUGCGGAAUCCAGACACCAGGUUUGGGGACAGUUCCUCAGCCGCUCGAUGAACAUUGAAGCCAUCACGGAUGAGCAACUUGACCAGGUGGCCAAGUUGCAAAUUGAAUGGCCGCACAGAUCAAGAAUGUGA